AUGAGAAACCAUCGUGAUUUCUUCUCCAGCCUUCCAAAAGAUGUCAUCUUCCAAAUCCUCGUAAAGCUGUCCGUGAAAUCGCUUCUCCAACUCAGGUGCGUUUCUAAAUCCUUCGCCUACUUAAUUUCCAACCACCACUUCAUCAAACUCCUUACAUACUCCACCGCCCCAACCAGUGGUGGCGGCGGCACCGACACCGGCGACCCUCGCCACCUGCUUUACUAUGAAUCCACCGACUACACAAAACAGUACAUCUCUUUUCACGGUGCUACCGAGUUCUCUUUGUGCAAAAGGCUUGAGGUUCCUUUUGAGAGUGUCCAUGGGUACUUAAGGCUCGUGGGUUCAAGCAAUGGACUCAUCUGUUUGUUUGACACCAACUAUUUCACCUAUAUUGGCACGGUGAUUCUCUGGAAUCCCUCUAUUAGGAAAUUCAAAAUUCUUCCAGAUACGCACUGGUUUCAUCAUUUUACAACCAAAUUUUCUCACAUGGCUGUUGGGUUUGGAUUUGAUUAUAAAAGUUUUGAUUUCAAGGUGGUGCAAAUUUUGUAUGAUAGCGACUAUGAAUCUGAGCGUGGACGUCAGGCUUUGGUUUAUCAAAUAAAAAAUGAAUCUUGGAGGAAAAUUGAGGUGGUAGUGCCCUGUUUUAUGCACAAUAAUUGGUCCAGCAAUGUAUUUGUGAAUGAGAUUGUGCAUUGGUUGGCGUAUACAAGGCUAACGGCUGAUGGUCAGCCUAAUUGCAUUAUGGCUUUCAGUAUAAGUGAGGAGGUUUUUAAGGUGAUGGAGUUGCCGCAAGAUCUUGAACUGAAUUUUAGGGAAUCGCGAUUGUCUCCAUCGAUUGAUGAAAAAUCAUUGGCUCUGUUUGUUAGUUAUUCUGAUAAUGCUGGUGAGAGGUGGGAUAUGUGGUUAAUGAAUGAGUAUGGAAAGGUGGAGUCUUGGAUGAAGAAAUAUAGUAUUGUACGAAAUCGUAUGGUUCCUUUAAAGUUUUUGAAUAAUGGGGAAGAUUUACUUGAGAUGAGCGAAGAGAAUUUGGUUUUGCUCGACCUUGAAAAGGAGGAGACCAAGAAUCUUGAAGUUUCUGGUUUGCCGUUGUCCUUCAACACUGCUGGUUUUGUGCCAAGUUUGGCUUUGCUUGGUGAUGGACAGGAAGUUGCGACUAAAAUUGUCCCGAUCAAUGGUAAUGGUAUCCUGAUGAAUGAUCAGGUAAUGGUGGCUUCAGAGAUUGAUAGCGUAUCAAGAAAAUAUGAAGGAUAA